CCAAACCAAACCAGUUCGUUUCCCCCAACAUAACGGCUCCCUUUACAAUAUUUCCUUUCCCUCCCUCUCUCUCUCUCUCUCAAAAACCAAAAAUUACAUGCGUUACACUUUCUUUUCCUUUCUCUAACCCUAAAAAAAACACACUUUCACUCGUUUUGUUUGCCAUUCAAAUUCCAAAUCCCCAGUCUGUUUGUUUUUCUCUGGAAAACGAAUUCACCGGCGACAGCUUAACCAUUCUCCAUUCUCAUCAUUGGUGAGAAUUGCUUCACCAUGUCUACUCAUCGUAUUGAUCAGUUUGCACAUAUAGAAACAACGUGUGGAUUGUUGCUAGAUGAAAUGCAGAAAAUAUGGGACGAAGUUGGAGAGUCUGAAGUUAAUAGGGAUGCGAUGCUGCUUGAAAUUGAACAAAAGUGUCUGGAGGUAUAUAGGAGAAAUGUAGAUGAGGCCAAGAAGUGUAGAGCUCAGCUGCAACAAGAAAUUGCCGAGUCUGAAGCAGAACUUGCAGAUAUGUGUUCUGCAAUGGGUGAGCAGCCAUUACAUUUUGAUUGCAAGCCUGAUGGAGGCUUCAAAAAAGUGCUUGACACCAUUACUUUACAACUAGAAGACAUGCGGAAGCGGAAAAUCGAGAGGACACACCAAUUUGUUGAAGUUUUGCAUCAGAUACAGGAUAUUUCAAUUGAAUUUUGGGAAGAUAAUACAGUGGUUCUGGAUGAGACUGACUUGUCCAUAAGAAGACUAGAAGAAUUACGUAAACAUUUGCUUGAACUUCAGAAUCAUAAGAGAAACCGUUUGAAGCAGGUACAGGACCACCUGAACACUCUGAACUCACUAUGCUUGGUCCUGGGUAUGGAUUUCAGACACAUAGCUGGUGAAAUCCACUCCACUCUAAAAGAAACUGAUGGAACAAGAGAUAUAAGUGACCAUACACUCGAGAAAUUGGCAGCUACAAUACAAAGUUUAAGAGAGAUCAAAAUCCAGAGAAUGCAAAGGCUUCGAGACCUCGCAAGUGCCCUGUUGGAGAUGUGGAACUUGAUGGAUACACCGAUGGAGGAGCAACAGCUGUUUCUGAAUGUAACUAGUAAUAUUUCUGCUUCAGAACCUGAAAUUACCGAGCCUAACAUGCUUUCUGUAAUCUUCCUCAACCAUGUUGAGGCAGAAGUGGUGAGGCUGGAGCAGCUAAAAUCAAGUAAAAUGAAAGAGCUUGUUAUUAAGAAGAGGCUGGAACUAGAGGAGAUAUGCAGGCGGAUACACAUGGUCACAGAAACACUUAGUAUAAUGGAAGACUCAGUUGAAGCUAUGGAAUCUGGAGCUGUGGAUCCAAUAUACCUCUUAGAACAAAUUGAGCUUCAAAUUUCAAGCGUAAAAGACGAAGCUUUGUGCAGGAAAGAGAUACUUGAGAAGGUUGAGAAGUGGUUAGCUGCAUGUCAAGAAGAGAGCUGGCUUGAGGAGUACAACCGGGAUGACAAUCGCUAUAAUGCUGGAAGAGGUGCGCAUCUUACUUUGAAACAUGCUGAGAAAGCCCGUGCUUUGGUAAACAAAAUUCCUGCAAUGAUGGAGGCAUUGACAUCAAAAAUCAAAGCUUGGGAGGAACAAAGAGGGACUGUAUUCUUUUAUGAUGGUGAACGACUUCUUUCUAUGCUUGAACAGUACAGCACGUUAAGGCAAGAGAAAGAGCAAGAAAGGCAGAGGCUGAAAGACCAGAAGCGACUCCAGGGGCAGCUGAUAGUUGAGCAGGAAGCACUUUUUGGGUCAAAACCCAGCCCAUCAAAGAGUGGAAAGAAGGCUUCAAGAACUCCCACAGGAGUUGCAAAUAACAGAAAAUUCUCCAUUGGUGGAGCAAUGCUUCAAAACCCAAAACCAGAAAAAGCUGCUAGCCGUCUGCAUCUUAGUAGGAGAAUCUCAGAGAUUCCUGGUCAUUCUGUAAGGAAGCAUUCCCACAGUGUUCCAAAGGCACAUGAAAACCAGUUAUUCUUGAUUCGGAAGCCCCUUUCUCCUGUUUAUUCCCAAGUGUUGUCUAAGGCCAACAUUGCAAAUUUCCCAGAAGAUCAGAAGACUUCACAUAUUAUGUCAUCACAAAAACCUCUUCCAAAUAGCGAGUCACUAGUCAGAACACCUUCCAAAAAGAUUGUUGUUGGUGAUGAAGAAAACAGAACCCCAAAGACAAUGUCAAUUCCAAUGCCAACUACUCCUCCAACAGUGUCAGCUCCAAUGACAACAGCAAUGACACCCACUUCCCCAUGUGUCUCUGUAGGUAAAAACAGUUUUCGAAACAGUGAUCAACCAAUCGAGUACUCAUUUGAAGAGGUCAGAGCUGGUUUUAUUCUUCCUAAAAGCUAUAGUCACUGAUGCUAGUUUGACAUUUUGGUCCAUGACUUGCAAUAUGAAAAGGAAUUUCGUAUUCUAGUGUUGACAGUCACACUUUUUCGUAUAUAGGAUGACAAUUUUUUGAUAUAUUCAAUAGUUACAAUAGAGGAGGGAUCUAAACCUCCGGACGUUUCCAUUGGAAACAUAGGAGGUGCCAAUUAAGCUACAAAGCUCUUGGCAAUAUAGGAUGACAAUUAAGUUCAUAAAAACUUCACUCUGACAUACACCUCUUUACAUGAUUGCAUUUUCCAUCAAAGUUCAUGAUUUUCCUGCAAA